CCGCUGCCCGCGCCGCCCGCGGCUCCCGAUGGAGACCGACGCGCCCCAGCCCGGCCUCGCCUCCCCGGACUCGCCGCACGACCCCUGAAGGGCUGCGUGAAUACUUCGGCCAGUUCGGGGAGGUGAAGGAGUGUCUGGUGAUGCGGGACCCCCUGACCAAAAGAUCCAGGGGUUUCGGCUUCGUCACUUUCAUGGACCAGGCGGGGGUGGAUAAGGUGCUGGCUCAAUCGCGGCACGAGCUCGACUCCAAAACAAUUGACCCCAAGGUGGCCUUUCCUCGGAGAGCACAGCCUAAGAUGGUCACGAGAACUAAGAAGAUCUUCGUGGGCGGCCUGUCGGUGAACACCACGGUGGAGGAUGUGAAGCAGUAUUUUGAACAGUUUGGAAAGGUGGACGAUGCCAUGCUGAUGUUCGACAAGACCACCAACAGGCACAGAGGGUUCGGGUUUGUCACGUUCGAGAGUGAGGACAUCGUAGAGAAAGUCUGUGAAAUCCACUUCCAUGAAAUCAACAACAAAAUGGUGGAAUGCAAGAAAGCUCAGCCAAAGGAGGUGAUGUCCCCGACGGGGUCUGCCCGGGGCAGGUCUAGAGUCAUGCCCUACGGAAUGGACGCCUUCAUGCUGGGCAUUGGCAUGCUAGGCUACCCAGGUUUCCAAGCCACGACCUAUGCCAGCCGGAGUUACACAGGCCUUGCUCCUGGUUACACCUACCAGUUCCCCGAAUUCCGUGUAGAGCGGACCCCUCUCCCGAGCGCCCCAGUCCUCCCCGAGCUUACAGCUAUCCCUCUCACUGCUUAUGGUCCGAUGGCAGCGGCAGCGGCGGCAGCGGCUGUAGUUCGAGGGACAGGUUCUACUCCCAGUCGCACAGGGGGCUUCCUGGGGACCACAAGCCCGGGCCCCAUGGCUGAGCUCUACGGGGCAGCCAACCAGGACUCGGGGGUCAGCAGUUACAUCAGCGCCGCCAGCCCCGCCCCCAGCACUGGUUUCGGCCACAGUCUUGGGGGUCCCUUGAUUGCCACAGCCUUCACCAAUGGGUACCACUGAAGCAGGGGAGAGGUGGCAGGAGCGCCCCGGCCUGCAGCUGACUGAGGACCAGAGUGAGCCAGCGAAGGGACAGGGACCCUCAGCCGCAGCAGCCCAGCCCCUCCGCUGCAACUCUGACCGCUACUGCCUGUCCCCCAACCCUGGGCCCAGCCCCUGCCCUGCUGUCCCCCACAUCUGGCUCCCCUACUAACUCCCCUGUUCUGACCUAGCCCCCUCUCCCCACCUGCCUCUCUUCCUGUUCGCUUUUAUUUAUUUUGGAUUAGCCGGUUCCCUCCCCACCCCAACCAGAUUCCCCCUCUCGGGACUGCCCCAUCCCUCCCUGCCGCCCCCUUUAGAACACCCCCAAGAAGGCUUUGUAUUUGUGCAUAGCUAGAGUGAGGGCAGAGGGAGCCUGCUACAGGCCGCAGCCCCAACCCUUUUUUUUUUUUUUUUUUUAAUUCUGGCUUUUCCCUCUUUAGCUUUUUUUUUUUUUUAAGAAACUGUUUUUAAACUAUUUCUAGGUUUGUGAAUGUGAAGCCCCAGGCCACAGGGGUCAAGGGGCCAGGCGCCCCCCACCCCACCAGCUGAUUGUCUGUGUGGGUGUGGGCUCCUGGCCACCUCCCUUUAGCCCUGGAGAGGAGGGCAGGGCUGCGGGGUAGGCCAGGCCGAGCCCCUGGAACCAUCCCGUCCUGUAUCAUAUGUAAAUACUGUGAGGUGAAGCCCUACCCCCAUCCCUCUCUAAGACCCUUUCGGGUGCUGGCAUUGCCUGACCCCACAGGGCAAAGGUCCCCACCCCUCCCUGUCUCUGUCCCCUCCUCCUCAGACACCAUUACUGUAAGCUUGCAGACCUCAGCUCUGGCCACAGCAGGCCCACACUCUCAGGCCCCCUCCCCUCCCGCCCGGGUUCAAGGCCUUGGGCCUACUCUCCCCAAAAAAUCCCCAGUGUGGGGGCAAGGGGCCAGGGAAGAGGAGGGCUGGGCCUAAGCCACUGCUGGGAAGGAUUUAGCUCUCCAAAGGUCCCUCCUGGCCCCUGCCUAGGUGGGACCUUCGUGGUUUCUGCUCUGAGCCCCUCCCCAACCGUGGGUGGGCAUCGGGGAGCGCUUCAGCAAAGGGCUUCUCAGGGAACCCCCACAUUCUCACUGAAGUUUCCCACCAGGAUCGUCCCGCGACCAGAGCCCUUGGUAGCCUCCUACCCUUGAGCCCUUUCAGAGAAAAGAGAAGGGCUUCGGGUGUGAACAUGAAGUAGACCUUGCCGGCGUGGCGGGGCUGAGCGGACCUGCUGUCAUCCCUUCUGUCCUUCUGCACCCGAGCCCGACGCUGGGGGCGUAGGCUCCCUUUCCCAGCAGAGCCCGAGCCUUGAAGCCCCCUCUGGAGAGUUAACUGUCCGUUUCAGGCGCUCACUCAACCUAUAAGCCCUGAGAACUCAAAGCAAUAAUCUUUGUCACCGAGAUACGCGGCUGUUUGCGUUUGUUGUGGGUUUUUUGUUUUUAAUAUUUCCUAAUAAAAGAGAAGCUGCAUUUUAUUGGUUUUUAUCUUUAAUUUUCUACACAUCCAAGCUUCAGAAGACUUAGCUUCCUUUUUCCCCCCCCCAAAUCCCUGGACUCUCUUACCCCACUGGGCCUGACGGUGGGUUCAGGGACCUGGAAUUCCAUUUUCUGAUUUAUUUGAGAAAAAAAAAAUUUUUUAAAGAUGUUACAUGGUGUUUUGAAGCCAGCAAGUUCCACCCUCUGUGUCUCUUCUCUCCACAUCUGUAACUUCUUUUUCCAGGUUUUAUUUUGUUUUAAGUUCCUAAUAAAUUAUUUGAA